AUGCCGAAAUCUAAAAAAAAACGAACAAGAGACGAUGUUUCACCAGAUGAGAAACCCCUUUCCAGGAACAGCAGCAGCGAGAAUGAAGAGGAGUCUAUGGAGUAUUAUACUUUCGGGGCUCCUAACUACAAAAGGAAAUAUGACUUAAACAGCAACAUUAGUGAGUAUGUUGUUUUCCUGUCGUAUACAGAUCAACAGGCUUCUAUUACAGACAAAACUAGAAUGACGAUUUCCCAAGGUCUCAAAAAAACUAAAACCAAAGGUAUUCAGCACCUCCGAUCUAUUAACAAAUAUAAAGUGGGUGUCGUUUUCGACGCGGCCAAUUCGGCCAACGUAUUUAUAGACAAUAUAAAAUUCUUUGAAGAAACGGAAAUGGUUCCUUCCCUUUCGGCUGCAGCUACGGAGGUGACUGGUGUUGUUCGCGAUGUACUAGUAACCUUUUCCAACAAGAAGAUAUUCUCAGCAAUUAACAGUUCAAAGAAUGUAGUCCAGGACAAAAAAUUUACGAGGAAAGAGAAAGCGGACAAUGUUUCCAUCGUAUUCAAACCAACUAAGACUAUAGCAAUAACUUUUGCUUCAACUCAGUUACCGCAACAUGUAUAUUUAGACAAUUGGAGACACGAGGUCGCCACCUACAUACCGCUUGUAAAGCAAUGUCUGAAGUGUUUACGAUAUGGCUACAUUGCAAAGUUUUGCAAAAACUCAGAAAAAUGUUCCAUAUGCUCAGAGGGCCACAGCUUUAAAGUAUGCAUAGUAGAUUAA